UGGAAGCUCCAGCCGGGCAGCUUUGGAGGCUCUGUCCCCGGGAAGUGGCCGGGCAGCGCUGAGACCCCACCUGCGGCGCGCGCGCGCGCGCUGGGCAAGCCCCGCGGAAGGAGGCCGCGCUGGCUUGUGUAACGCUGCGCUGGGCAGGAAGCGACGCGGUUGCCUCUCCCUCCUGUCAUUGCCCAGCUGUUUUAGUGAGGCGACCAGCUAGAGACGUGUGAGGGUGAAGGGAGGCCUGUGGGUGCCCUGGUUUGACGGGAAGGGGGGGGGGGGUUUACCUCAGCAGCUCGCCUUUUCCUAGCUUUAGAUGGACGGAGCCAUUUUGCCCCGUUCGGUUGUUUUCUUGCCCCUCGCUCGCUUUGGAAUGAAAUGUAGGGGACUUGGUGCAUCGUUACUUUACACAAUGUGGGGAAGCUCGGUGGGUGUUUGCUAGUAAAGGGGAGACCUCUCAGAGGGUUUAACUGUUACUUAAAAGCUUUAUUUUCCCUCACCCCCUAGGCUGAGUUGGGGAUGAAAGUCAUGUUCACAGAGAGGGAACAAACCUGAAAAGAGUGUGAAAGGGUGGGAAAGACUACAGGGUUGUGUAGAAAAGAAGAAUCUGAAAGAGGAUCUGUGUGUGGACAAUCUAAACUAGAUUAAGAAAUCUGGGCGGCUUGUAAAGGAAUAGUUGAGACAUUUAUACAUACAGGUAUCAAGGAUCUGUAAGGCUUUUAAGUGCACUGCUAGUGUAGGCUUUAAUUCACCCCUGCUGCUUGGACCCAGUGUCAGAGGCUAUGUUGGCGGAACAAACCCAGAAGUGGUUCCCAACUCAUGUGCAGGUCACAGUCCUUCAGGCCAAAGACUUAAAGCCAAAGGGCAAAGGUGGCACUAAUGAUACAUAUACCAUCAUACAACUGGGAAAGGAGAAGUAUUCCACCUCAGUGGCAGAGAAGACACUAGACCCUAUAUGGAAAGAAGAGGCCUCAUUUGAACUACCUGGAUUGCUGAUGGAAGGACAUUCAGAAAAAUACAUCCUCUACUUGAUAGUCAUGCACAGGUCUCUUGUUGGCCUUGAUAAAUUUCUGGGACAAGUGGCAAUAAAUCUGAAUGAUAUCUUUGAAGACAAGCUAAGAAGGAAAACAGAGUGGUUUAGCCUAGAAUCUAAACAAGGAAAAAGAACUAAAGACAGAGGUGAGAUAAAGGUCAAUAUUCAGUUCAUGAGGAACAACAUGACAGCAAGUAUGUUUGAUCUCUCAAUGAAAGACAAAACUAAAUCUCCUUUUGCUAAACUAAAGGACAAAAUGAAGGGACGCAAGACCGAUGGGACACUUUUGGAUACAUCCUCUGCGAUCAUUCCAAGCACUCACACUCCAGAAACGAGUGCUGUAACUUCACUUAGCGAAAUACAGUUAAAAUCAAAACCAAAAAAACCUUUUCUUUUGGGACCUCAACGACUAUCAUCUGCUCAUUCAAUGUCUGAUUUAACUGGGCCUCAAGUGUCUUCAGAAAAAAAUAAAUCAGGCACAGUUGGCAAUCCAUACCUCUUCAGAUGUCAGCUAGAGUCUGUUGGUUCUGUGGAUGAAAGCGGAAAUCUAAAAUCUCCACACAGGCGGACAUUAAGUGCAGAUACAACUAAAGUGAAUCAGCUUGACAGCACAACUGAUGACAAUGAGUCAGCUUUUGGAGCUCAGAAUGACCCUUUUACAAAUGUGAGUGCUUCGUUGCCUCAGAAGUUUGCAACACUGCCAAGACAGAAGAAUCCAUUUGAAGAAAACCCUGUAUCAUGGGACCAAAACAUAGGUCUGUUUUCAAAAACUCAUGAACUAAAAAAAGACAUUAAAAGAGAGAAAAAGGAAAAGGUUAGUCUCUUUGAAAGAGUCACUGGGAAAAAAGAUAGUAAGCGGUCAGAAAGACUUAGCAAUGGAGGAUCAGAUGGCUCCACUGACUUGAAAUCACCUAGUGCAUUUGGUGAAAAUCAUCAAGGCAGUUUUGAUUUUGAUCCAACUAAUCCCUUUACAAGCAGCUUCAAGCCAUCAAAUGUGCUGUCAUCUUCUAGUCUUAAUGUGAACCCUUCAAAAACUGAAGACCUCAGGAAAACAGUGGAUGGAAAUCCUUUUGAUGCUGCCGCAGGGUAUCGCAGUCUUACAUAUGAAGAGGUCUUACAAGAAUUAAUGAAACAUAAAGAACAACUUAAGAAGAAAGACACCCACAUUCGUGAACUUGAGGACUACAUUGACAAUCUUCUUGUACGUGUAAUGGAAGAAACUCCCAGUAUUCUUCGAGUGCCAUAUGAACCUUCUCGACGAGCUGGCAAAUUUUCCUAAAACUAAGGCCCUCGAUGGCAUUUCUUUAGAGAGUAAUGGGGAUGGACAGUACAAUGAUAGCUUAAUUUUCAUUAUCCCCUCAUUUCUUCUUGACAGAUAGGUUGGCUUCAAAUAUCAAGAGGCUUUUUUCAAAACUGGUACUUCUGUACAUGAACCGCAUAAUAUUUGCAAAAAUAAACUAUUUGCCAUAAAACAUUCCUUUUACCUUAAAUAUUUACAUGAGAAUAAUUUUUACAUCAUAGCCCAAUUGAAUAACACUCUACAGAUAAGAUCUCGUACACUUGAAUAUUUACUUUGCACCUCAGUCAGUCUUUUUGAUACAGCAUGUUGUCAGUGUGGAUAUGUACAAGCAGGGUGAAAUUUGCAGCUCUAAACAUGAAGAAAAAUGGGAUAAUGUGAGAUUUUAUAUUAACAUUUCAGUAAUAGCCAACAACCCAUGCUUAAUAAAAAAAAAGAAGCUUCAUACAAAGUUUUGUCACAUGGAUUGGUUCUAAAACAGAAUUCAUUUAAAUUGGUGUCUCUAAAUCUUGUCAUUAGGAUUUGGACUUUCCAGAUGGCACAUAGCAAAUUAUUAAAACCGUGUAGACUAUUACAGAAACUGGCUAUGUUGAAAAAGGUAUAGCAUACAACUUGUUUCAAACAUAGAAGCAUGCAUUAGGAUUGAGCAGGUAAAACAAAAGAAGUGAUGAAUUAAUACCUCACAUGUCUGUGUGACUUAAAAUAGAUACAGCUGACAGACAAUAAUGUUAUAAAGAAUCAGUGUGUCACCAUACACAUCUUUCUCUGGCUUUUGCUACACUGAGACAGAAAAUGCAAAUUGUAUAUUUGCUUGCUUUUGGGAAUCCCCGCAAUUGUUGUUUUAAAUAAGGCAAGUUUUUGCCUUAUUUUUUUAAAAUGUAUUCUGUGUCAAAAAUCAAAUAUUGCCCUUCAUUUAAGCAUGAUGGAUGUAUUUGGUUAAGUACAUCUCUGGGUAAUAUUUGUAUAUUGUGUGUUUUCCUCUCAAAGUGGCAAAAUGCAUUUUCUAAUGAGAAAUGCUGUUUUAUACCGGUAAUCAAAAAAACUUACAGUAGUGUAUUUUGCAUUAUAUAUUUCUUAAUGGUGUGUUUGCUAGGGUGAAGUAUAGAAUAAGUUUUCAUAAGGUUGUGUGUGUUGAAAAGUAGGGUUGCUUUAAGCUAAUGUUUGCACAAUGGACAUUACACAACAGAACUUUUCUGAAAAGAAACUGAAGAAUAAAACUUACUUUUACCUUUUUUAAUUUUAAAAAAUGCCCCCAGUUCAAAUAGUUCAUAGAUGCAUGCCUGAGCUCCCUCCUGUAAAUGUGUUCCCUUUUUGUUGGUCCACAAAUCACCAUUGCAGAGGCAGCUCUAAUACCUUCCUUGCACAAAGGUUCAGGUAUUGGGGAUAAGGAACAUCAAUUUUUUUGCCUGGCAAAAGACAGACAGACACUGGAGCAACAACAAAAGAUCACCGUCUCAGGAGGGUUCCCUAGUAGCUCACUGGAGAAGUGUGGGCAUGCAUUCAGA